UUUCAACGAUUUGGCUGCAAAAAAAAGAAACUGUUUAAUACACUUUCAUUUGAGUCCUUCUUGACCCCAUUUCACUGUUCUCUCCAAUAGACUAUAAUCUGACCACAAACAUGGCAAAAGAAGUGGACUUCAAGAAUAUUGAAUUGAAGGUGUCAGCUAACUGUUGUGAAGGAUGCAAGAGGAAAGUUAAGAAGGCACUGAGAAACACUGAAGGUGUUUUGAACAUAUACAUAGACCCCUUGCAGCCGAAAAUAACAGUAUUAGGAAAUGUGAACCCACACAUUUUGAUUAAAAAGCUUCUAAAAGUUGGAAAACGUGCAGAACUGUGUAGCUAUGAGAAAGUUGAAGCUGAAAAGGAGGAAGAGAAGGAAAAACAGGACACAGUGUGUGAGCAACAAAAACAUCCUCAUGGAUGUGACAUUAAAAUUGAGAAGAUUAAGGAUGUCACAAAAGGAGGCAAAAGAAAAUCUUCAGAAGAAGACAACAAAAUGACUUCAAAUACUCCUAAUCCUCAAGAAAUGAAGAAAGACCCCUUUUUACCUCCUCAUCAAGAAGUGAAUUUCAUGGUUCAUCCAAGCAUGCACCCUUAUAGUAACAUUAAAAAUCACCCUCAGUAUUGUUACAUUGUCCAGCCUAGCCCAGUUGCAAUACCCUAUUAUGCAAUUCCUUCAUAUUCAGCUCCUCCUCUGCCUCAAGCUAAAGCUAGUGUUGAAGAGUACUACCACUUUGACAUGCCAAGAUUUCAGCCCCCAUUUUUGAGACCAACAGUGCAAGUAGGGGACUAUUUCAGUGAUGAAAACACCAUGGGAUGCCAUGUGAUGUGAAUGUUAGCUAUCCCCAUUAUACACCAUAUUUGUGGCUUAACAU